AAAUGGUACAGUCGGUUGCUAUGUUCGUUCGCCAGUAUUGCUGUUCUCCAGCUGAGGCUGUUGAUUGUGGAGAUGUGCGCGAGCUGAAAUUUUAUUUUAAUAAUAACGGCAAUUUUAAUAUCAAUCCUGACUUUGCGAAUAUGUCCGGUAUAAAUAAGACGGAUGGAAAGUCUAGUUUGGUCGGUCCGCCCGUGAGCUGUUCACGCUUGCGGCAAGUUCAGGCUCUCCUGAAGGCUGAUGGCGAAACCGUUCCAGAUGGCAUCCUCUGCACGCUGGGUAUCGACAGCCGUUAUAACGAGGGCUGUAGUGAGUUGGCCAGCUACCUUUUCUUUGGUCUGUAUCAGCACAACCAGAAGCAGCUCUGUGAGGACUUUCCUGAGGAGGUGCUGGAUGACGUGAUCCUACUCAUAAAGGCAGAGAGUGUGCACCUGUAUUGUAACCCUGUGAAUUAUAGCUACUUGCUUCCUUACAUUUCCCACUGGAGAAAUCUGCACCUGCACUGCAUGACUGAGGCAGAGUACGAGGAUGAGGAAGCCGCAGAAGAGUUUAAAAUCUCCAGUUUUGUUUCUAUGGUUGAAGACUGCAGUUGCAUUGGAAUACCCUACAGCUCUCAAAGUCAUGUGCAGAAGUUUGAUAUGUUCAUGUUAGAGAAGUGGCCUAUUAUUCAAGCAUUCGCUCUGGAAGGAAUAGGAGCUGGUGGUUUUUUCACCAUGAAAUACAAGCUGACUAAUAUGAGUGAGAGUCUUUGGGAGAUUUAUGGAAGACUAGACCCGGUGUCUUUGGACUAUCUGCUCAAUGAGGAUCUGCUGUUGUUUGAGAAGCAGUGGAGCUGCUUGUUUACCAGCGUGAACACAGAGAGCCCGCUGAGCAUGCAGGAGAUGUCAGAGGCUCAGACUGCAGAGCCAUUCAGAACAUAUUACUCCCAUGGUCUCAUUUCAAGUAAUAUCACAGAUAAAAGCAAAAGCCGACAGCCAUAUGUGCUGUUUGGGAGUCACUCGUCCAAAGAUGACCUGGAAAACUAUUGCUUCACCUUCCCCUCUGAGGGCCAUCAGGUCCGUAACACUGGGCCUUGUGGAAGUGCUGCAAAGCACAUGCUGCUUCAGUGUGUAGCUCCUAAAGGUCCACUGACCUGUGCAAGAACAUAUUUCUUUGGCAGUACUCAUGUCCCAUACCUGGGGAAUGAAAAUAGCACCACGCAGAAGUUGUCAGAAGUCAUGCUGCUUACACAGAUCUACUCAGCUGUUGUUCAGUCAGUGCUGGCAGGAAUCAAAUGCUUCUCCAUCAACUCCAGCGCAAGCAAGGCAAAGGAUGUAGCAGAGCAAACAUUUCAUCUGGCUUUGGAAACCUUUGGGAUGCUUCAGUACAGGAGUGCUCUCAGGUCUAAAGCAGUAUUCAGCAUCGAAGCUGUGAACAAUGCGGGCAGAGUUAUACCUCUCACUGAUGAGCACAGUCGCUUUCUGGUCAAAACUGCCUCCAUGGUAGUGUAUGAUAUUCCAGAUCUCCAGUGGGGUGGAGGGGACCUGGGAUCUGUUGUUUUCUCUGAGUCUUUCCUGGAGUCUAGCAUCUACAUUCAGCAGAGGGAUGGAGCGCUUGCAUCAAACAGCUUUUUCACUUUACUUACCUCUUCAGUCCCUCGCUAUAUCUCCUGGAUGGUGGAUGACACUGAUGUGAAAUUUUCUGAGCAAGCUCUGCAUUUGUUGAAGGAGGAGAACGGGACAUUUUUAGGGGUUCCUCUAACAACCAAACACUCAGCACAGGUGUUCUCUAACAGUUUGCUUUCUACACCUGAAGAAGGGAAGCUGGUGUUUUUCUCAGAGGGCUUAUUGAUUGUUCAUCCGUCUUAUGGCAUCAUCACUCUUUCCAAGAAUCAUAUCAGAAACAUCAAAGUUUAUGAUGGGGACUCUUUCUCUGCGGUUACCAUGCUGUUUAUUGAGUAUGAGUCCUCUCUGCUUCCGCACCUUCCUUUUCCUCUACACAGUGCUGACUGUUGUCUGGCCAUCUCUCUGAUGCCCAAAACCAAGGGUUACAAAGACUUUUACUCACAGGUCCUGCAGGUUUGGAAUGAGCCUGAUUCUAAGCUCCAUGUGCAGCAUGUUGCCCAAGACCAACUGAGUCUGAACCAGAUGAGCAUGUGCUCCAGAUUGCUGAAGCUUCAUGAGGCACAUGGUUCAUCUGCAUUAAAUACCAGAGCAACCCUGAAGACUGCUUAUCCAGACCUGCCGGAUAUGGACAGGUUUAUGAAGCACUUUGCUAUCAGUAGUAGCAUCUGCGAGGAGUCUGUGUACAGUGAACACCUAGGAGCGCUUUUCCCAAACACACAGCCCAAAUCAGCUGCUCCUGAGUCAGAGCAAAAGGUGGUCGUUUCGAUCAUUACAGGCUUACCAGGCAGCUUUAAAGAAAGCUUGUGUGAUUUUUUGGUGGAUGUGAAUCAAGAAUGUGGCAGGUGGGAGGUGUACCGCCCUGACUUGGACUCAAAAGAUCUGUGUGUGCCACAUCUCCAACGGUUCCUGAGUAGCCUAAUGGCCAAAACAAGUGAUGCAUAUUUAAACGCCCCAAGAGUGCUGCUACUGACACCAGGGUACACAGACGUGUUGGAUAUGGUUCAAGCUGUCAUAUGUCAUCCAGACCCACGGGUUCAGAGCAGAGUGUGUGUGGGUGCUGUCACAGCCUGUGUCAACCCAGUAACAUCCUUCAUGGAACACAGGCUUCUCUUCCCCAAACUCCUGGAGCAGUGCAGUCACGGUGUAGUGAAUAACGUGGUGUUUACGGGUUUGACUACUGAGCAGAAGCACCCUCUGUUGAAAUACCUGCAGCAGCUCAUCCGCUCAGCGAAUCCCAACGCAGCCUUUAUCCUAGCCGAGAGAGGAGCUGUGACAAGAACGGAGGAUAUGCGGCUGAUUCUGAGUGGCAGCAGUUUCUAUCAUUCUCAGAUGAUCAGAACUAGAUACCUGCUCUACCCUGGCUGGUGGGAGGGCAGGUAUGUAUCUGGUUGUGGAUCUGUAUCGAUGUCUCAACACUGUGUACAGUUCAGUCGUCCUCUAGAAAGAUCCUUAUUUCUGCAUUGCUGCAAAGGAUUAAAGUCAUCCCUCAGAGGCAGCCCUUUCACAGGAAACAUCUAUCACAUCAGUGGGAAAGUGCUCUUCUCUGACAGUGACAGGUUGUGGGAGGUAAGCUGUAACUCCAUCAGCGGAAAUGUGACCGUGGCCCUUGAUCAGGUCUCAGCCCGUAGCCCCCAAAUUACACAAACUUGUUACCUGCUGUUCCAUGGUGUAGGACUCUCCCAAAAUUGCCUGAAGGACUGGCUCAGACAAUGUGCUAAACAGAAAGUACCAAAGAAAGCAAAGAAGACCAGGAGUACUCUUACACCACAGGAGAUUAGAAAUAUCCAUAUUUCAAACGACUGCCAACUUAACCAGGACUGGCCAUCCCAGCAAAUUCAGCCCAAGAGCAGACCGUCUGAUGGACAAAGACUCCAAGAACCCCAAAUUUCAUCGCAGAAUCUGCUAAUGAAGAGGCACCUGGAACCACUCCCUCCUGGUUACUUCUAUAAUGGCCAUCAGUUUGUCAGUUUCUUUGGAGAGAAGCAGAACUUCCAUCCUUUAAUGGACCAGUUUGUAGAGGAAUAUCUGCAGGAGGCCAAUAAGGAGAUUGAGUGCUUUAACAGUGAGGUGGACCUGUAUGCUCCCAGGGAUCUCUUUGACUAGAGUCCUUCCUCUGUCCUUUUUAGCACAGGAUGAGGUUUCACUCCAGGUUCAAUGAUGUCUCCAAUCAGCUGUUCUCUCUACUAUCCACACAAUAUUAAGGGGAUGACUAAGACACUGGGGGAGGGAGGGGUUGGCCACUUCAUAAAUCCACACCAUAAAUUCAGGGAAAAGCACUAUAGUGUAGAGAUGAUGAGAGAUCUUCACCCAGCUCACUACCACUCUGUACUACUUCCUGAGAGACAUUCCUUCUGUAAAUAAUACAUUUAGCAUAUAAUGAGAAGAAACCAAGUGCAUGUUAAGAUGUGGCACGAGUUCAUAUGUAUAUUAAAAUAGUCAUAAAAGCUUUAUGCUACAUUCAUAAUUGUGGCAAUAUAUUUCAGAGAUCAUCUUAACCACCUUGUGGAGAUCUUUGUGCUCUGAUGCAUUUAAAUCAAGCCUCUCUACUCUAAUGUAUUAAUCUGUUCACACAUAUAACUCUGCGUGUAGGUUUAGUAUUGCUGGGACAUAACAUAACAGAUUUGGGUACUCUUCAGUUGAAUUCUCGCUUUCUAGUAAGCUUCAUCAUAAUGUAUAUAAUGUGAAUAUACUAGUGAGGAGUUCCUGUAGAUAUCGCUAUAGCUAGAGAGGUAAUUCCAGUACUAUUUACACAAAGAGUAAGUGCUAGGAUCGUAGCUAAAUGCUAAUGGAGUUUGUCAGCGGGGGCAAACUUGCACUAACAGGAGAAGGCUCAGAAGCCCACAUCCAGGGGAGUGCAGAUGGGGAGACAGAUGUGAUGUUCCAUCAGUCUGUAGACUCCAGCUGUGGUGAUCAUCUCUCGUCUAUGACAGGGCUCAGACAACUGAAGUGGCCAAACAAGAAAAUUUCACCAGGUUGGGGGGGUUGGAUUUGCGGUAAGGGCAAGAUGGUUACGGAAGGGGCAAUAGUCACACAGAGUUUGGUGGGAAUCUGAGUGUUCAGUUGAGUGGGAGCUUGGGCUGUAGAAUUAGUUUUUGAUGUGUAGCAACAAAGUAGAGCCUUGUCUCCAUGUGGGAUGAAGGCCUACCUGUCAAGCCUAUUUUCCAAUUAAUGCGUGUAGGGGUUGAUGAGAGUCGUAUGUUAACUUUCUUUGACUAAAUUGUGGUUAAUGCGUGUUUUAUUAGAGCCUUUAGCGGUGAAUCUAAUGUGUCAUGUGGUUUACAGGCAGAUUUAGCUCUUCACCUGGGGUUUCACUCCUCUAUGCAUGUUUACUCAAACUAAAUACACACAGCAGGGGAGAAGCAGUGUCAUUCUCAAACAUGCAUUCUGAUAUUGGCAUCUACACAACAAGUAUUAAAGAAGCCAGAAGUGUAGCACUUCGAAAGUGAAUAUUAAAUGAAAGAAAAGUUUGCUGUGAAAGGGAGUGGGGAUGCACUUCCAAAGAAAUUCAGACAUUGCUGCUCCUCUCUGUGCUGCAAGAAUAAAGGGUAUAGUAGUGGAAUUAUAUAUAUAUAUAUAUAUAUAUAUAUAUAUAUAUAUAUAAUAUACACACACAUACACGUGUUAGCACUCUGUGUGAGCUAGCGUAUCUCUCACCAUAGUCAGUAUGAGUAUGUAACAGUUGCUGUGGUCAUUGAUAUGCUCGACAGGUGUGUUACUGUCGCUGUUGCUAUGGAGAUUUACAAUAUGGCACACUUGACACUAUCACCAAGGAGACUUAGCACUUCGUAUCUUUUCAGCAAUCAAACGCAGUUUGCUCCAAGAUAGCACACUUGUCUUAGCAUAAACUCUGUAAGUGCAGGUUAUUAUGAGUACGUGUGUCCAUUGUGCAGUAAAAGGUGAAGUCAGACGAGUUCACACCAGGUUGCCUGACUGACCGAGCUUUUUCACUGAGCAGUUGCUCUGCGAGCGAGACAAUUUCUGUUGCUUCUCAGACACAGAGCAGCUGUCCUGGGGCGAUGGGGCUCCAUAACACUUCUUUAAUAUGUAGUUCAGAGUAGCAGUCAUUUUUAGCACAUACUAUCUGCAUGUGUUAAUGUGUCUUACUGAGGUAUAUUUAUAUUUAUAACACAAUUGCCUUUCACCAAACUGGUACUACAAAGAGAGGAAAAAAACUAUUUUGCAUAUCUGAAAAGAAUUGAAUUACAUAGAGAGGGGGAAAAGUGUAUUUUUAUAAGGCUGUGAAUUUAAAAUGAAAAAAAAAAAACUGAUUAAAUUAGGGGUAUGUUUUACUCCUGUAACUUAUUUCAGAGGCUUCCUAUUAGGCUGACUGAAGUGCCUUGGCUAAGAGGCACAUUUCCAGGCAGAGUUGAGCAGCAGUAUUGGUGAAAGGAUAAGCAGAGUGUUUGUCUUAUUUGUGAAAGGUCGGAUGCUGGCUGGCGAGAGGGCACUGGAGGGCAGCAAAGCAAAACUUUAAAUAAAUACAAGUCAUUGUCAGGGCAAAGCCUAAGCCUGGAUUAAAUGGAAUGGGUGGUUUUUAAAGGACAUCUUAUUUACAAUUGGAUGAAUGAAUGCAAAUUUUCCAAUGGGGUCAGUUUUUAGUUUGCUUUUGGAGACAGACCCCAGUGAGGCCCUCCAGGCUGUCCCUAUAACUGCUUGCCACGUCUUCCCUGACCACUGUAUCUGUGGAGCUGAGGUUAGAGGACUAAACAGAGUUUGGUGUCCAAGAAAGAAUUAGCCUUUAUAUGUGAAAAAUUAUUUGGAUUAAAGGAAAAAACAUAUUUUUUUUGCUAGCUGAAGGGUCACAUCAGUGUUCCAAAAGGCCAUACCUUAAACUGAAGCACUUUUUUAACCAAAAAAAAAAAAUCUAUAAUCACAGAUGUCUUGGCUUUGGCCUCUAUUGGAACAAUAAUAUUAUUCAGCAAUAUCUUAAACUUGCUUUAUGUGCUGAGGGCUUGUUCCUGACCAAAGCUACUGACUCCCAUCUGUUAACCACUCUGUGAAAUCUGUUCAUUCCUAAAAAUCAGCAGGGGCCAUCAGAGACCAUUCCUGCUGAAGACUUCUUUCUUAUGUUCUCAGGUAUUGGACUAUAUUGGCUAUACCAACAUAUGAGAAUUUUCCAUCACAGAGACUUGAUUGCACUUGUUAUGCUAAUCAGUCUACAGUUGGUGGUGAGAAGUGCUUAUUAUGGAAAACAGAAACCUAAGGGCUAAUUUACAUUACUGCUCAAGAUGUUUGGUAGGGAACAAGCCUGAAGUAAAGAAUUCCAGUCCUAAAAUAGGAAUAGUCCGUAUGUUAUUGCCUGCACAACAAUGAGCACGUUUCUCAUUCCAUCCAGACUGCGGACAAAUAUUAAGAUAUUUCUGAACUUUAGUUCUAGAGAGGAGAUACAAGAACAGAAGUAAUGAAUUCCUAAAACUUUACCUCAGAAUACCCAAUGUUUGGAGUUCAUACUGUUAUUUGUGGUGAAAAUGGUUGUACUUUGAAAAGUGCCGAAAUGUUAAAGAGGUUCACAAAAGUGUGUGAAAGUUAAAAUUAUUGAGUUAUAUUUGCACAAAACUACUGGAACUCCUGUUUUCUCCUGUGACUUAUGCUUUUUAUAAUCUAUACGUUGUAUUUAUGAGAUUAAAUAAUCCAUUAAACUAUUUAUAACCCACUUA